UGUUGAAACGGAUUUUAAAAAGCACAAUCUCAACUAAAACUUAGCCCAACCGUUUUUUGCAGCGCCACCCCGUAUGGACCAGUCCACCCGGUGACGUUCACCAAUCACAACAAAGUGGGAGAAUUUGAACUCUAGCAAAGGGAGUCACUUGUAGUGCGCUCGCAGCAGUUGGUUAGGCGUAUUUCGUUUAUUAUCAUUUAUGAAAGCUGUAUUAGUUUGCCUGCUAGUUUUAUGUUUGGUGGGUGAUUACCCAGAAGAACAAUGACAGAAGAAUCGGCUGUUAAAGUCUGUGUUCGCGUCCGUCCGCUUAUUGCGAGGGAAGGAAGUGCUGCAUCGGAGAAUGCAGAGCCUGUCCAGCUGUUUUGGAAAGCUGACAAGAAAUCAAUUCAUCAGAUCGAUGAUGGGAAUUCCACCAAGAGCUUUUGUUUCGACCGAGUGUUCACUGCUGAAGAAACAACCAAUCAGCUGUACCAGGACAUAGCAAAGCCCCUGGUUGUUUCCACUGUUGAGGGAUACAAUGGAACCAUAUUUGCUUACGGGCAGACUUCUUCUGGGAAGACUUUCACCAUGAUGGGGAGUGACCGUACUCCUGGAGUGAUACCUCUGGCUGUGGAAGAUGUCUUCCAAACCAUUAAAAAUUGUCCAAAGAAGGAGUUUCUUCUCAGGGUUUCUUACAUGGAAAUCUACAACGAAACUGUGACUGAUCUGCUUGUUGACAGCUGGAAGAGAAAGCCCCUGGAAGUCCGAGAGACAAUCAAUAAAAACAUCUACGUGGCUGACCUGACUGAGGAACUGGUUACGUCUCCUGCACAAGCCCUGGCCUGGAUUCGGAAAGGAGAAAAGAACCGUCAUUAUGGAAAGACAAAAAUGAACCAGCGGAGCAGCCGCUCGCACACCAUUUUCCGAAUGAUCCUGGAAAGCCGAGAAAGGAGCGACCCAGCAUCAGGUGAAAAUGCUGAUGGAGCCAUUAUUGUGUCUCAUUUGAAUUUAGUUGAUCUAGCUGGAUCUGAGAGAGCCAGUCAAACAGGAGCUGAAGGCACGCGUUUCAAAGAAGGCUGCAAUAUCAAUCGCAGCCUGUUCACCCUUGGCCAAGUGAUCAAGAAACUGACUGAUGAAGGACAGAAGGGUUUCACCAACUACAGAGACAGUAAGCUCACUCGCAUCCUGCAGAACUCCUUGGGUGGGAACGCUAAAACGGUCAUCAUCUGCACCAUCACUCCUGUCACUCUCGAUGAGACCCUCAGCACUCUGCAGUUUGCCAGCACUGCAAAGAAAAUGAAGAACGACCCCCAUGUGACAGAGGUGUCUGAUGACGGGGCUCUGCUCAAAAGGUAUCGCAAUGAAAUUGUAGACCUGAAGCGACGACUGCACGAGGUUUCUUCAGUCACACAGACCACAGCGACAGAGAAGGAGGUUCUCUCCCAGCUGCUCCAAGAAAAGGAUCAGCUCCAGAGAGAUCAAGAGGACAGGAUCAGAAACCUGACCAAACUGCUCGUCACCAGCUCAAACCUGGUUCCUGUUCAGAGGAUGCCGAAACGCAGAGUCACAUGGGGAGGAAAGAUGCUCAGACUUGCCCGUCUGUCUGCCUGUGAUGGUGGUUCAUCUGACCUCAGCUUUGCAGAGUCUUUCUCUCGGAAGAGGAAAGCAGACCGCUCCUGCCUGAUGGAGCUGGGCGAAGAUGAUGAGGACUUUCACUGGGGGAUUCCUGAUGAGCCGUCAGAUGAAAUGGACAUGAGUCAGAGCUCUGUGACUGUUAGAAGCUUUGAAGACAGUCCCAAAGACUUUGUGUCUCCAGACCGGAUGCGUGAGCUUUCAGGGAAAGUGUCCAGCCUGGAGCUGCAGCUGGAAAUGGAGUGUCGACAGAAAGAGGAGGCCAUGACAAAGGUAGAAACAUUAGAUGGCAGAGUGGCAGAGCUGGAGCUGCAGCUGCAAACAGAAGCGCAGCAGAAACAGGAGGCCCUGCAGAAAAUACAGACGACAGAACUGAGGGCAGCUGAGCUGGAGCUGCAGCUGCAAACAGAAGCACAGCAGAAGCUGGAGGCCAUGGAAAGGGUGGAGAUGUUGGAGUUAAGAGUGGCAGAACUGGACAGAUGGCUGGAAGAACAGAGCCGCACUCAGAGUGACACUGAUGAACAGAUGAGAAGAGAGUUUGCAGAGACCAUCCAGCUGUGUGAAACUCUGGCUUCAGAGAAGGACAUGAUGGUUGCUGAGCGAGACUAUCUGAAGCAGGAGCUGGGGAUGUUCAUAGAGCAGACUGAACGUCUGGAGAAAGAGAAAGCUACUCUGUCACAGGAGCUGAAGGAGAAGAGAGAAAUGGACGAGUUCAAAUCUCUGGAGGAGGAGAUCAGCAGAGAGCAGGAGAACAAGUUGCAAAAUGAAAUAUGUAGCUUGAAGAAGGCCAUUGAAUCCUCUGAACUCCAAUGCCUAAAGCUUCAGAACAAACUAGAAACUUUGUCUGAGGAGCUGAAGAAGAAAACUGAAUUUGCAGAGGAACUUCAGAGUAUGAGCGGUAAGGACUUGGUGCAGGAGGUGGCGAAGCUUCGCCGCUCUCUGGAUGAUGCUGAGGUGCUCGGCAGAGACACGAAGAAGGAGUGGGCUGUCCUGCGCAGUCAAAACAUCGCUCUGAAGGAAAUGAAUGUCACUCUGACUGCCAACCAUGAGAAGAUGGAGGCUGAGGUGAACAGCCUGAGCUUUCAACUUGAGACGGAGAAGUCACGCUACAGAAAGAUGCAGAGCGAUCUCCAGAAAGAGCUAAAUGUUGCGUUCGACGAGAACACCAAGCUCACCACUCUGCUAGAUGGAAAAGUCCCAAAAGCUCUGAUAGACAGUGUGGAACUUCAGAGAACAGUGGCCAACCUUCAUAAAGAGCUGACGGCGUCUCGUGAAGCAGAGGGAGCCCUCAGAGCUCAGCUGGAGGAGCUGGCUUCAUUCCAGACUCUCCCAGAUAAGGUGGACGAUUUGAUGAAGCAGGUGCGUGAGUUGACCGAGGAGCUGGGUGCUGUUCAAACUCACAGGGACAGCCUGCUUUCAACCCAAGCUCAAUGUCAGGAGGAGGCUCAGCAGCUCACAGACUCCCUGCAGACGUCCCAAGAUGAGAUUCUGAAAAUCCAAGCAGACCUUCGUGCUGCUGGGCUCAGGACGGAGCUGAGCCAGCAGUGUGCUGAUGCAACACAGCAGCUGGAUUCACUGCGCUCAGACCUGGAGCGCUCUGAUGCUGAGAAGAGUCAGCUCAUGGCUACCGUUGAAGAGACAGGCUUGAAACUGGAGGAGAGAGAGCGACACAGAGCGUCACUGGAAGAAAAACUGAAUGAGAUGCAGCAGCUGAUGAAGGAUUUGGAGGAGAAGCUCGCAGACAGUGACGCUUCCAGAACCACAGAGGAGGAGAUAAGCAAAGAACUUCAAGAACAACUGAAUCAGCUGACUGAAGAGCUUCAGUGUGUGCGAGAUGAGAAAGACGCUCUCCUGUCUGAGCAGCAUGCUGGUGCUCAGAGGUCUGCAGAGGAGCUGCAGGAGCUGCUCUCUACUGUGGCUUCUCUCACUGCAGAGAGAGACCAGCUCAGGAUGGACCUGCAGGAAAAUGUGGAGACACAACACAAAUCUGCUGCAGAGACACAAAUUCUUCUACAGUCUCUUCAAGACGAGCUCCAAGAACAGAGGCAUAAGAACUCCGAUCUGGUGAAACUCUAUGAGCAGAAGGAGUCUGAUUUAGGGGAACAUAUGCCGAGUCUGUCACAGGAGCUUCACUGCGUGCCAGAUGACAAAGAGACUCUCCUGAUGGCCGGUGUUGAGAGGUCUGCAGAGGAGCUGCAGGAGCUGCUCUCUACUGUGGCUUCUCUCACAGCAGAGAGAGACCAGCUCAGGAUGGACCUGCAGGAAAAUGUGGAGAUGAUGAUUGACAAUCAGGAGGAGUUGAGGACAGCCCUGGAGAAAAAUCGUGAACAGAAGAAGCAGAUCAAACAGCUGGAGACUGCACAAACAUCCAGAAAGGACGGUCCUCCCAAUGAGAUGAGCGCACAGCUAGAGGAGCUGCAAACACGUAUGAAGACUCUGACUGAGGAGCUUGAGAGUGUGCGAGCAGAGAGAGACAGUCUGCUGUCUGAGAGGACAGCCGACACUCACAGUGAGGAGAUGGAGACGCUGCUGCACAGAGUGACGUCUCUCAGUGAGGAGAGACAUCAGCUGCAGGAGACACUGGAGGGACUGAGACAGGAGAAGCAGCAGCUCAGAGCAGAGCUGGAGGACAGGAUGGAGAUGGUUGCACAAGCCCAACCAGAAAUGCUGACCUCAGAACUGCAAGCACAUGAGAAAAUCCAACUUCAGCAAGAGAUAGAGCAACUACAGACUGCUCUGCAGGCCAUCAGUGAGCAGAAGAGACAGUUGGAAGAUAUGCAGCCUAAUAUGCAGAUGGCUGCAGAGACUCAAAGCCUUCUACAUUCACUUCAACAGCAGCUCCAAGUGCAGAAUCAAAGAAACAUUGACCUGGAAAGACUCAACCAAGAGAGGCAAGCUCAGCUAGAACAACAGGUUGUAGAGACUCAGCGUCUUCUACAUUCUCUUCAAGAGGAACUCCAGGAGCAGAAGCAGAAGAACUCGGAUCAUAUGAAACUCUGUGAGCAGAAGGAAUCUGACUUAGAGCAACAGACGAAGACUCUGACUGAGCAGCUUGAGAGAGCACGAGCAGAGAGGGAUGCCCUGUCGUUUGAGAAGGAAACCAGCUGCCAGAGCUCCACAGAGGAGAUGGAGAAGCUGCUGUGCAGAGUGACGUCUCUCAGUGAGGAGAGACAUCAGCUGCAGGAGACACUGGAGGGACUGAGACAGGAGAAGCAGCAGCUCAGAGCAGAGCUGGAGGACAGGAUGGAGAUGAUGCAGUGUGAGCUACAGCAGCAGCGCGGUGCUGAGCCGCAGUCGCUGAAAGAAGAGCAGGAGGCUCAGCGACUUCUGCAGAUCCAACAGCUGGAGCAGCAACUGAAGAAAACUAAGGAGGAUGUGAGCCAGUUGAAGUCUGACCUUCAAGAAAAUGUAGAACUGAUGAUUGAGAAUCAGGAGGAGCUCAGGGUGUCUCAGGAGAAGAUCAGAGUUCUACAAGAUGAGAUCAACAUGCUGAGGAGCCAGAAGGCAGAGCUGGAGGGCAGACCAAGCAAUGGGAGUGAUGCAGAGAGUACCCCCCCGUUCCAAGAGCUCCAAAAACAGAUUCGGAGGCUGACUGAGGAGCUUGAGAGUGUGCGAGCAGAGAGAGACAGUCUGCUGUCUGAGAGGACAGCCGACACUCACAGUGAGGAGAUGGAGACGCUGCUGCACAGAGUGACGUCUCUCAGUGAGGAGAGACAUCAGCUGCAGGAGACACUGGAGGGACUGAGACAGGAGAAGCAGCAGCUCCGAGCACAGCUGGAGGACAGGAUGGAGACACUACAGACUGAGAUGGGGACUCUAACUGAGAAACUAAAGAGUGUUGAAGCAGAGAGAGACAAUCUGCUGUCUGAGAGGACAGCCGACACUCACAGUGAGGAGAUGGAGACGCUGCUGCACAGAGUGACGUCUCUCAGUGAGGAGAGACAUCAGCUGCAGGAGACACUGGAGGGACUGAGACAGGAGAAGCAGCAGCUCCGAGCACAGCUGGAGGACAGGAUGGAGACACUACAGACUGAGAUAGCACGGCUGAGUAUGUCUCUACAGACUGUGAAUGAGCAGAAGAGGCAGCUGGAAGAUGAUCUGCAGGAGAACAUGAAUAUGGCUUCUACAACCCAAGAGCUUCUGAAGUCAGUCCAAGAAGAGCUGUGUAAACAGAAGCAAAUGAACUCUGAUUUGGAGAGGCUGGGUCAGGAGAGGGAAUGCUCUUUAGAUCAACAUUUGAGGACUCUAACUGAGAAACUGGAGAUCAUUGAAGCAGAGAGAGACAGUCUGCUGUCUGAGAAGGAAACCAGCUGCCAGAGCUCCACAGAGGAGAUGGAGAAGCUGCUGUGCAGAGUGACGUCUCUCAGUGAGGAGAGACAUCAGCUGCAGGAGACACUGGAGGGACUGAGACAGGAGAAGCAGCAGCUCGGAGCACAGCUGGAGGACAGGAUGGAGAUGAUCUCAGCCAUCCAGGAGAAGCUGAGCAAGCAGGAACAGUUGAACGUGCAGCAGCAGGCUGAGAGAGGAGAGCGAGAGGCCAAGCUGCAACAAAAGAAGGAAGCGAACGCAACCAUCUCCGCACUCAGAGAGCAGCUGAGCAGUUUGGAUCAGAGCACCAAGGAGACUGCGUCAUCACGGCUGCAGGACUCUACUGGGCAGCUUCAGGAGUCCUUCAGAAGAUUCCAGCACUUUAUAGACACAUUUUCCAAGUAUAACUCCACAGUCCUGGAUAAUUCCCUGAGAGCGCAGUGUUCCCUGGUGUACCCUUAUCUGACCUCUCUACCACAACCCACCAUGAAAGCCUACAGCGCAGUCUGUCAGGUGGGACUGCAGAGUCUUAAGAUUCUGGGAGACAUUAUGGAGCAACUAAAGGUGCGGGCACAGGGCUACAGGAAACUGUUCGAGGAGUUGGUGAAGACGGAUUUGGCUGUGUUUGAGGAGAGGCGUCUGCAGGACGUGCUGCUGUGCAGAGCGCAGGCACCCAGCUACUCCAUCAAAGACGAGGACUUCCACGGCCGGUGGGAACACAGACUGACUGAGGUGCUGGACAAGAGGCAGCUCUACCUGCAGAAAAUGGCCAGCAUUUUGGAGAAGCUCUUGGCCAAUAUGGCUUCUUACCCCAGUGAGCUGUCAGCUGAGAUAACAGACAGGCAGAGGUUCACUGAGCAGCUGCAGGCCGUGUUCACCAAACAGCCAAUCGACUUCAGCGAGCUGGACCGCGUCCUGAGCUGCGAGCUGGACCGCAUAUCUGCAGUGGCUCACAGCAGGAAGAUGAUCCUGCAGGGCAUCGUCGAUGAACAGAACGGCCUGUGUGAAGAGCCGAAGCUGCUGCAGGCUCAGGCUUAUUCUCAACUCAGAGAGGAGAGAAGCAAGAGUUCCACUCUGCUGCAGGCACUGGAGGGGGCGCCUAUGAAAACAGAGCUCUCCCUGCUCAACGACAACCAGCAACUUGUUCUUCAGCUCCAACAAACUGAAGAAAAAGUCAAAGCUCUGUGUGUACAAAACGAGCAGCUGGAGGACGCUCGGAUCAAAGCCAACAGCAGGGUGUCCAACCAUAAACAGGCUACCCAGCUCCUGCAGACAGAGCUGCAGGACAGCCGCGCACAAGUCGAGGAGAAAGAGAAUACGAUCCAGACCCUGAGGAGCAAACUGCGCGAGUCUGAGAGACGGGCAUCACCCAGUGCUGCUGAGCUGGAAAAACUCCGAACCAAGCUGUUCAAAAUGGAGGUGGAGUUAAGUUCAGCAUCUGAUAAACACCAACAAGAGAUCCAGAGGAUGACCACGCUGUUGAAAGAAAAGGAAGAGUCACUGAGGAAACUGAAGGAGACCUUGAGGAAAUCACAGCAGCAAGGAGAGGAGUCAUUCCUGCAGGGGGAGGACCUUCAUACUAGACUGACCAACCCCAGAGGUUUGAUGAUCAAGAGCAGCAUUCUGCUGGAGAAGACCAAACUGGAGGAGGAAGUCAAACAGUUUCAACUGCAAAUCAGCAGGAUGGAAAGCCUGGUGUCCAGUCAGCAGGCAGAGAUUAGCAAGUGGAAGAGCAGAGCAAUCAAGCUGAAGGCCAAGAGCAAGACGGAGGUGGACAAGCCUUCAUCACCCUGCACUCCCACCAAAAGGGGCCUUCCCAUGACCUCCGACUCCUCCAACUUCCUCAGCUCUCCCAAGAAGUUUGUGGUUACUCCCAAGAAGGUCCUGGACUCUCCCCGGAAGGUUUUGGAGUCUCCCAGGAAGCUGCUGGACUCUACAAAGGUUUCUCUGCUCGAGUCCCCCAAAAGCAGAUUCUUUGAUGUGGCUGGAAGCUCCGAGCUGCUGUCCAGAACCUGUCCCAAGCAGUUCUUUGAUAACUCCAGCCUGGGAACCAUUUCAGAUGCAGCUGGGGGUGCAGACAGACAGGAGGAGUGGUGGCCUCAGUCUCCAAAGCAGGAGGAUAUGUGUAGAACCCAGUAAAACGAUUUUAAUGGCUGUGUUUUCAAUGUUCCUGGCUUUAAUUGUUGUCUAGUGUGUCUAUUCCGUCUUUUAGUUUGAAUAAUAAAGCUCCACUUGAUAAAG